AUGAACUCCUUCCACCAGCUGUCCUCGCCCGCGGCCGGCGCGAAGCCGCAGCCUGUCCAGAAACCAGACAACCAGGCCCUCUUCAAGCUCGUGGUGCAGACGCUGCAGCCCCAGGGCCCCUUUACCGGCUGGCGAGAGGCCUUCCCCGUGCAAGAGCGCGCCCUCAAGGCCAUGACUAUCAUAUCCGCCCUCCGUCUAGCAAAACCACUCUGCGAAGUCGGCAAGACCAUCACUGCGGGCCUCAGAUUCGAAGAACAGACCUUUCGGGAGGCCAACGAGCAGGCCGAUUAUGAACGCUUAGUGAAUGAGAAACACAAUAAAAUCCAUCAGUCUCGACUGCAGCAGGCCAUGAUGAUGCAGAAUGGCAUGAUGCAGCAUGCAAACCAGCAACAGCAACAACAGCAGCAGAAUGGAGGCAUGCAAGUUUCCCCUUCGCAGAUGACCCUGCUUGCUGCAAUGCAACAGCGUCAGCAGCAGCAGCAGCAGCAACAACAACAACAACAGCAACAGCAACAACAGCAACAGCCGCAGACGCAGCAGUCAAUGCAGGGCUCACCACUCCCCGGUCAGAUGCCAAACGGGCGUAUGAACCUCCAACAUAUGCAGCCUCAGCAGACACAGGCCUCCCCAUUCAUCCAGCAGCAGCUUGCCCGGCAACAGCAGCAGCAGCAACCUCGCCAGGGACUCGGUAUGCUCCAGGACUUUGGGAGUCUCGCGCCUAAUGAACUCCAAGAUGUCAAUGCUCUGGCGGACCAGAUCGCCCGCAGCACCUCCGCCGAAAACCUCGAAAAGAUCAAGAUGAGCUUGCAGAACAUGCCUCCAGAGCAAAAGGAGAUACUCGCUCAAAAGAGAAUAGACCCGCUUGCCCACAUCUUCAGAUCACAGGCCCUCGCUCAGAUCAGGAGACGGCGGCUGGAACGCAUGGGCCUGGGUGGCCAUGGUCAGCAGCCAGGUGGUAUGGAUCCCGCACAGCAGGCCGCCAUGAUGGCCCAGAUGGGUGGCCAGCCCAUGAUGGGGAUGCAGCAGCACAACGUCCCCAUCAGCCAGCCAGAGCUUGCUUUUAACGGCAGUGUCGACCAGAUCCAGGGGCAACAGGAAGAUGGUCUACGUUCGCAAGAGGCGGGUCAACUUGUGGUGCCAGCGACUGCAAACCCACCGAAUGCUACUAUGCUCAACCCCCAGUUUGCUGCAGCUCAGGCUCAGCAGCGCUUCCAAAACCAUCAGCAGCAGCAGCAACAGCAACAACAACAGCAGCAGCAGCAGCAGCAGCAGCAGCAACAGCAACAGCAACCACAACAACAACAACAGCCAGGAAAUAGGCCUACUAUGAAUCCAGCGCUCCUUGCACAGCAACAGCAACAGCAACAGCAACAAAACGCAAUGAGCAAAGGUCCUCAAUUCCAGCUGCAGCCUGACCAGGCACGGAACCAAGCUGGCAUGAACAACCAGUUAGCCAUGUCUUCACAGCCAAACCAGCCAUCUCAGAUAGCACAACAGCUACCACCUCAAGGAGCAACUCCUUCCAUGCCCAUGGGCGCUAAUCCCACCGGCCAACCUCCGCAGCAACAACCACCCCAGCCCGGCGGAGCAGCCCGUCCUAUAAUUCCUCCUAAUUUCCCCCAAGCUAUCCGCGACCAUCUCUCACAAUUGCCUCCGCAGAAUACAAGUGCUUUUCUAGAAUCUUAUACCAAACAAAUGCGAGUCCGACAGACGGCCAAUGAGAACCGUGCGAACCAACUAGGCGUGGCCGGGCAGAAUCAGGCCCCCCAGCCAGGUCAACCACCCCAGCAACAGUCCGUUGACCAAAAUCAACCUCCUCAGAAUCUCAAUCAAGGCCUGCAGUUCGGCGCGGAUCCGAACAUGCGCAAUAAUGCUAUGGGCAUGCAACAACAUCUCGUGGGUGCCGGCGGAGUAUCCAUGCAUCCACAAACAUCACAACAGCCACAGCAGCAGCCACAGCCAGCCAUGCCACAAUCUCAACCCAUCCAGCACGCUAAAUCAUCACCGUUUCAACCCCAGGCCCAACCUCAGUCUCAGGCAGACCUCUCCCGUCAGCAGUAUAUGCAGCAGGUCCAACUUUCCGAGGAUCAAAUUCGUGAUAUGGACCGUGUUGCUUUCCCGCCAAGUGUCAUAUCCGCUGGUAUGGCGGGGAUGCCAAAUCCUCCCCCUGUCCCCAAAAUCCUCAAAUCAUGGGGUCAACUCAAACAGUGGGCUAGCCAGAAUCCUCAGGCCAUGGGCCAGCUUACACUGCCGAAACUGCUUGCUUACCAGAAAAUGCAUUUCCAUGGCUUGCAGAAGGAGUUUGUUUCUCGAUUCCAGGCCCAAGCUCAAGCCCAAGCACAGGUCCAGGCCCAGGCCCAGGCCCAGGCUCAGGCUCAGGCUCAGGCCCAGGCUCAAGCUCAAGCUCAAGCUCAGGCUCAGGCUCAGGCUCAGGCUCAGGCUCAGGCUCAGGCUCAGGCUCAGGCUCAGGCUCAGGCUCAGGCUCAGGCUCAGGCUCAGGCUCAGGCUCAGGCUCAGGCUCAAGCACAGGCACAACUAGCUGCGCAGGGACAUGGACAGAACUUCAUGUCUCAGCAACUCCAGUCACCUUUCCAGCAGCCAGGACAGCCCCAGCAGCCGCAGCAACAGCCUCAACAACAGCAGAGUGCCAAUGCUCAGCAACCAGCUCUAGGGUUCAACCAGCAGGGUUUCCAACCACAGCCCAGAACUACCCAACCCGGGCAGCAACCGGGGCAGAUGGGACAGCUCGCACAACAACCCGGUCAACCAGGCCAACCAGGGCAGCUGCCACCGGGAAUUUUGCGGCCUGUCACCAUGAACGACGUACAGAUAGCACGGCAACAGUUAGGUGCACGAGCGUUGAAAAUCAGUGAUGAAGGGUUGAGAGCGAUUCUAGAAAGAAACCGACAGAAACAGAUUCUCAAGGCCCGCGGCAUCCCACCGGGCCAACCUCAAAAUCAAGCUCAGCUGCAACAGGCACAGGGAUUCGUGCCUCAGCAACAACAGCAGCAGCAAUCGACACAGCAGCAACAGCAACAAUCACAGGCUGGUCCUAUGCAAAACGUUGGCCUAGGGGUCCUUUCCGAUCAUCCUCCAACUUCUCAGCAGCAGCAGCAGCAGCAGCAGCAACAGUCGCAACUGCAAAACAUGCAACCACCCGUCUCCUCUAGUCCAAUGCAACCGGGUAUCUCUCAACCGAACUCUACCCAACCCAUGGUCAAGCCCACAGCAGCUCCUAUGACUAUUCCUCUGUCGGCUAAGCAGCGACCCGUUCCCACUACAAAGCCAGCCACAGUCCCUGCUGCUGUCCCCGCUCCGCCUCAGGGCUUGAAACGGCCCAACCCGUCUGACACCGAAGCCCGACUUGGUGCAAUGGACUCUAACUCUCAACCGAAUCCCAACGCCAGGCCAAUGCCUAUCCCCAUGUCACAAUUUAAUCCUAUGAACCUUGCAGCGAUGAACCCUCAACAACGAGCUCAGGUUGAAGCGCAUCUUCGCCGCCAAGCGCAAUUGGCAGCUCAUGGCCAGCCUCAAGGCCAGCCUCAAAUGCCCAACUUAACCCAUCGGCGCACGAGAGAGGCGACUACUGAAGCUUGGUCUCGGCUUCCCGAGCCCAUUAAGCGAGCCUAUGAAGACGAAGUUCGGAAUGAUACCGAAUUUGCUCCCGUACCCAUGACUCCUGACGAAUACUCCACUGCAUCUCAGCAGCUUAGAGAGGGAGUUGAUAUGAUUGCUAACAUGGAUGCAUUGAUUAUUUGGUUUGCCAAAUUUAGGGAGCAGGAUCGCUCCCUGAGAAUGCUGUUGCAAAUGAGGGCGAAGUUAAUGAAACAAUUCAAGCCGAAUGACUGGACCGUCGCCGACCAGCUUACUUGCAAGCCUGAUUUCGUUAACAAUGCUCUGAUUUUUAUCCAACGCUGCUACGUGCUCAUGUUUUCCCGUCGACAAAACCCACCGAACCAGCAGGGAAUGCAACAACCUCAGCAAGGUCAACAGACACAGCAACAACAGCAGCAGCAGACACAGCAGCAACAACAGCAACAAAUGCAGAUGCAGAUGCAGCAAGCGCAAGCCCAGCAGGCACAGGCUCAGCUCCUACAGGCGCAGCAAGCUCCUUCCGCCGUUAAUGCUGGAAGAGGCACUGCUAGCCCACAGACACCCAACGUACCUCUGAACGCAGUGAAUCUCCAACAGCUUGAGCAACAAGAGCGCGCCAGGCGAGGACAAUCUCAAAGUUCCAUCCCGCCAACCGCCCCCACUACCCGACAGCCGCCAUAUCAGAUCGGCGCCACAUCUCCACAGGGCAUCCCGCGCGCUUACGGUCCCCACCAGGUAACCAAAGAUAACCUUGUGAUCCCGGAGACGAAGAAACGCAAGAUGAAGCGGCCUGCCAACGAGUCGCCGGUUAAAACCAACAAGUCUCCUGCCAGCAAGAACCAGCAGCUCAAGGCCACUCCCCCUGCGACUACACCAGUGGCCGCUAGCAAGAACGCAACUCCACCAGCACAAGUUUUCAGAUGUAAGGUCAGUGACUGUUCACAGCGCUUUAGAGGCUUCCCAUCCCAAGCAGCAUUGGACCAGCACGUUCAGGAGACGCAUUCGGCUGAAGAACCUAUCGAAAAUCCUCUUGACUACCUGCUUGAAAGCUUCAAGGUUGGUCUCGGUGUCAACAAGGCCGCGAACCAGCAUAAUGGAGCCGAUACGAGGGCCGCGCCUGCUAUCGCUGGCCCAGCCUCAGUAGCAAUGAAGCCUUCACCAUCUCAGCAGGAGAAAUCGUCUAUCCUUAAGAGCUCCGCUAGCGCAAACAAAGAUAAGAAAGAAGCCACUGCACCUACCACGUCUCUCGAGGCACCUGCCACCACUAAGGAUGCCUGGUCCGACAGCCCUAUAUCCCGAGAGAUGAUCCGCACCGCUUUCACCGAUAUAGGCGAUGAAACCUCUUGUGGCCUCGUCACCGACCCCGUGGACGAUGUCAUUGCAGAAAGACUCGAAGCUCUUACAGAUGAACUCUUUGAGACCGCACCUGCCAAAGAAACCUCCUCUGGUCCCCGCCAUCAGCCAUCAGACGACACCCCAGCAUCCGCCUCGUCUGCAAUGAUGCAAACUCCCCGAGAUGGUGAAAUCAAAGACGAAGAAAUGGGUACCGACACGGAUAGUUGGAUGCCUCUCGAUUGGGACAAUCUUCCGGAUCAUCUAGAUGAUGAUAUGCUCACCAACGAUGGAUGGCAAAGCGUCAACUGGGACGCAAUGGAGCUAAACGACAACCUUACUGAUAGCUCCUCCAAGCUACGACCUGAGCGGCCCAUCUACUCCAUCUAA